UACUAUUGCACAGAAUUUUUUUUUCUUUGCGGCAGAAUCGACACCAUCGAAAUGGCAUCAUAUUCGAGGCCAGCACCAAUUGCCACUCAUGAGGAAUUUUCAGAGUGUGAUAUCCAUUCCUUGGGGGAACCAGAUAGCGUUUCAAACCCAGACAUAUUAGAAAUAGGAAACAACAAUGGCGAUGUUCCAAAUGCCUCUGAUCAAAACUCCAAUACACCAUACGGUUCAAUCGCCACACUCUAUGUUUCGAAGCAAAACAUGUCUCGUGUCGAAUACACAAAAGAUGAAAAUCAUAUUCCAAAUGAAGAGAAAGAAGAAGAAGAUAGCAACAGCAGGACAGGUAACAGACAUUUCUUGCGAUCAAGUUCUCACGUCAGUCAGAGUAAAUCCCCCAAAGGGAGUUUUAUAUACUCUUGUGAAGGGAGUCCACUAAGACUUGGACCUGAGAACACCAUUCUAGGCUAUGUUGAUAAGCGUUGCAGAGACUGUGACACUUCAUCACACGAACAAGGUCAACAUUCUUCGGAGACUUUGUUUUUAGACGAUUUAUAUGACCAUAACUCAAAAAUGAAUUCCACAAAAGAUGUUACAGUAGAAAGUCUUGUUGUUUUUGACACUGUCACUGGGCAAAGACUUCUUCCUGAUGGCUGUGAACAACAAUCAUCUCCCAAUGAAGACAGACAUGAUACUAAUGCUAUCGACAAGAACGAUGACGUCGAUGAUGGAAAAAGCAAAUUACAGAAUACAUGUAUUUUAGUGUGUAAAAGAAUAUUUGUGUUUUCAGUCUCUAAUGUAGGCUUAGCUUGUAUCGUAAUUGGAUAUGCAAUAUUAGGGGCAAUAAUUUUCCAGAAUCUUGAGGCAUGGAAUGAAAAGAAAAUACGAUCUUCUAUCAGCGAAAUUCGUUCAGCACGAAUGGAAGAAAUAAGAGAUAUAGUCAAUAAAUUACAUCAUCUGCAAAAGAGAGCGUGGACGAAUACCGCUGAUGAGAUCAUGAUCAAAUUCCAGCGUGAACUUUAUACAAAGACGAAGGAACAAGGCUGGAAUGGCGUGGAUGACAUGGUAGAAGAAGAACAUGACUGGACAUUCGUUGGAGCUCUCCUAUACUCAGUUACAGUAAUAACUACAAUUGGUUAUGGUGACAUCACGCCAAAGACAGCCGGAGGACGGGUCGCCACCAUGUUCUACGCCAUGAUAGGUAUACCUCUCACGCUUCUCUGCUUGGCAAACCUCGGCAAUGUUAUGGCGCAAACAUUUCGCCAAUUAUUCUACAGAAUGGAGUUUAAAAUAGAAAAUCUAUAUUCUUAUUUGAAAAGCAGAUACAUUGCAUCAAGAGAGAAGAGAAAUGGACGCAAUCCAUUCAGUAUGGUUUUAAGGCGUAUUUCAUGCAGAAAGAACAAACGCAGUAACUCAGAAAUUGAGCUCGAUGAAAGAGAACAUGACUUGCACCGCGAAAUGAAAUGUGAGGUCUGUCAAGUUGUUUGCAAUACCGAAUUACCUUGUGAACACCUGAAAGCCCGAGUGGUGCCAGAAUGUGGAUUCAGUAAACAUUCGGAAAUAUCUUCGGAAUGCAGAAGGAGUGAACAUGAACUGUCCCCUGAUGAUGAACACAUGUCAUGUAACAUGGCUUGUAACUCUGAUAUUUAUUGUGACGAGGGUAAAGACAAAAAUCUUUCGAAGUCUAUUGACAGCCUAGAUGUUGACUUAACAUGUCGAUCUGCCGCGGGGUCUCAGCAAUCACAACACAGGGAGGGGGAAACGAGCGAUAUUCCAUUGAUGGCGAAGCACAAAAAACAAAAAGAGGUCCAUAAAGGGAUGUCAGUGAAGCAGAAAAAGAAACUGCAGAGGGAUGUACCAAUAUGGGUUUGUCUGAUCGUAGUAAUUGGUUAUAACCUUUUAGGGAGUCUGUUAUUUGGGCUAUGGGAGAAAGGCUGGGGUUUUAUUACUGGCUUUUAUUUCUGUUUCAUCACGUUGUCUACUAUAGGUUUUGGUGACGUGGUACCAGGACAUAACAUUGAGUCGUGGCAAAGUCAGGAGAAGCGGUUCAUAUGUACUAUAUAUCUCCUCGUCGGUAUGGCAAUGCUUGCAAUGUGUUUUGAUCUGAUGCAAAGACAAAUUCGGGAACGGGCAAGGCAUUGUGCUAUAUGGGUGGGUCUUCUCGAUGAAAAUGAAAGUCAGAAAAUAACAGCAGUGUAAAAUAUUUGUGUAUUGUAAUUUUUAAAAAAAAGU